UAGCGAUGUGUGGCACGCCGAGACUACCAUAACGCAGUCUCAUCAUGGCGGCGGUAGAAGCGGUCGGUGGCGAUGGCCGCAUUCAGAAAAUGGAAGUGGAUUACAGUUCUACUGUUGACGAAAAAAUUCCGAAAUGUGAACAACUUACGAAGCAAGGAAAGCUGACCGAGGCAUUAGACAUCUUACUGUCCUUGGAAAAACAGACCAGAACGGCUUCAGAUACUCAUUCCACAGGGAAGAUUUUGAUGGCAGUUGUGAAGUGUUGCUUUGAGGCCAAGAACUGGGAUGCUCUGAAUGAGAAUAUUGUCCUUUUAACCAAAAAGAGGGGACAGAUCAAACAGGCAGUCACAAAGAUGAUCCAGGAAGCUUGUACAUAUGUGGAAAAAACCCCAAAUUUGGACAUCAAGCUGAAGUUGAUUGACACUUUGCGCACUGUCACUGCAGGCAAGAUUUACGUUGAGAUAGAACGUGCAAGACUCACUAGAACCCUUGCCAAGAUCAAAGAAGAUGCUGGAAAAAUCUCAGAAGCUGCAGAUAUUCUUCAGGAACUACAGGUGGAAACAUUUGGUUCUAUGGAAAGGAAGGAAAAAGUAGAUUUCAUUCUGGAGCAAAUGCGGCUGUGUCUUGCCAAAAAGGACUAUAUCCGCACACAAAUUAUCAGCAAGAAAGUCAGCAACAAGUUCUUUGAGGAGCAAGGCACUAUGGAUCUGAAAUUGAAGUUCUAUCAGCUGAUGAUUGAGUUGGAUGAGCACGAGGGAUCCUACCUGGAGAUCAGCAAACACUACAGAGCCAUCUAUGAAACCCCACAGAUAAAAGAAAACAAGGACAAAAUGAAAGAGGCCUUAAAGUGUGUUGUCCUCUACUUGGUAUUGGCACCUUAUGACAAUGAACAGUCAGACCUCAUUCAUCGCGUCAAGGAGGACAAGAAUCUGGAGCAGCUGCCCGUAUAUAGGGACCUGCUGAAGUGCUUCACCACACCAGAACUGAUCCAGUGGAAGCUACUCUGCCAGAACUUCGAGGCAGAACUCAAGACAGGUUCAGCAGCUAGCCCCCCUACCCACGUCUUCAACCUGAAGCAGGAGAAUGGUGUGAAGCGCUGGGCAGACUUGAAGAGCCGUGUGGUGGAGCAUAACAUAAGGGUGAUGGCUAAGUAUUACACACGUGUCCGCAUCAGAAGAAUGUCAGAACUGCUGGAUCUUGCCGAUUCUGAGACAGAGGAGUUCCUUUCUACUCUGGUUGUUGGAGGCACAGUGGCAGCCAAGAUGGACCGGCUUGCAGGGGUGGUGCAAUUUGCCCAGCAUAAGGACCCCAGUGACAUACUGAAUGAUUGGGCAGCCAGCUUGGGGCAGCUGAUGGGACUGCUGAACAAGACCAACCAUCUCAUCAAUAAGGAGGAGAUGAUACAUUUCCUGCACUAAGUACUGUUUCUAGUAAGAUGUUUGUGCGUGUAUAUGAAACAGGUCUCAUAAUCUUCAGUCACUGUAUUGCUGAAUGUUCAGGAAUAUACUUGGGCCUUACCAGUACCAUUGUGGUUUAAAAUCUGAUGAGAGCAGAUUUCAGCAGUACUAUGUCUAGACCCUCGCUUGGUUGAUCAGAUGAUGAUUAACUGUCCCAUGUUCAUGAAAACAUCCACAUCAACAUUAAUAAAAUGCUUCAAGUGAA